CACAAUCGUAUUUUCUAUGUUCCAAUCUUAUCUCCUGUGUUCCAAUUAUAUCCCAGUCCACCUUGGUCGUGUAAACAUGUGGAGACCAAUCACAUGCGGUUCCGGAAACAUAGCAAUUGUACAAACGCAGUACUCCGUAACACUCUAACCGAUAAUAUCAAGUGUUUCGUUCUCGAGAACGUUGCGUAUUUGGAGUAAACGGUAAAUACGUAAACAGGUCCAACGAGGGAAGCGGAAAAUCUAACAUUUCGCACCGAAACGUCGGCCGGUAGCUUCCAUCUCUGGUGUUAAACUACUUACCAUGGCCCGAACAAAAGUUUCGUUCGGAACGGUUCCAGCAACCCGCUUUAAGCACUCACGAAUUGUGCUCGUCGCGGCGCUCGCCGCACUGGCAUUUCUGUUCUCGCAAGAAACAUUCGGUUGGACGGAGAUACCCGCGAUGGCGACAUUUCUUCCGUGUGAGACGGACGUCGUCUACCGGGGCCCGGCGGGCAUCCCCGCCUUGCGAACACGGGCCGAUCUGGGACCACUGAUGCAAGCGCGCGGAUUCACACACGGUGCCGAAGUUGGUGUACAGAGUGGCUCGCACGCGAAACAAAUCCUCCAAGCUUGGACCAGCUGCGAACGCUUCCAUCUUGUAGAUUUGUGGGGCCAUCAAGAGAACUACAAGGAUGUGGCUAAUUUCCAUCAAAGCAAACAGGACGAGCUAUUUCAAGCGACACAGAACCUAUUGCAACCUUGGCGGGAAAUUGUAACCUUCCACCGGAUGCUUUCGACGCAGGCGGCCCGGCAAAUUCCGGAUCAGUCACUGGACUUCGUUUACGUCGACGCCCGCCAUGACUACUGCGGUGUAACAGAAGACAUUCGAGCGUACUAUCCGAAACUCCGACCGGGUGGUAUUCUGGCGGGGCAUGACUUUCUCUCCGUUGCUGAACAAAAGGUUGUGGACUCCAGUCAGGACUGGUCGGUUUGCAUGGAUGGCACGGUAAACGCCGGAGCGGUCAAAGGAGCGGUAGAGCAGUUUGCGCUCGAAGAAGGGCUAACAUUCUCCGUCGUAUACGCCGAACGUCAGAACGGCGCGUACCGAUCUUGGCUUCUGCAGAAACCCACACGCAUGGAGUGCGUGGGGCAGAUGGGAGGCUAUGGCUCGGAUCUUGUGCGGAAAGUUGUCGUUGGGCAUUCUACGCGCGUCGAAAUUCCCUGUUUUGAGCCCACCCAAAAGUCUUAUAACCGAAAGGAGACGUUUUUUCGGAAGGAUGAAGGCUUGGUCGAAGCCCUAGGUAAGGAUAAGUCAUUGAUUGCUUCUCAUUACUUCUGCCAAGGUGAACACAGUCGGGCAGUCUUGGCUUGUCAGCGAUUGGCGUCCUUGCGGCCAAUGGUCCACGAAAAUACUUUGCCUGCUCUGUCCUAAGGGAGCGUGUGUACCGGGAUAGCACAGUCCAACACUGGACGACUGGCUGGCAAACUCGAACCCUUCACAGGUAUGAAUGUCGAUCUCCCCGGUACGAUAGCAAUGUAUCAUCUGUCCCCAACGGAAUACAACUCUCUCCUACAUCGCCCGGAACACUACUGGAAAUAAUGUAAUGU